CGUGAGUUGCAAGCAAGACUGUCUCGUCCGCACGAGAGCAGACUGCACGGAACAGCUGCAGCCUUUUGGUCGCAUAACAGUUUACUGCAUUGCAAGUAUAGGCCUACACAUAUAACCAUUUUAUCUCAAAACCUAUAGAAAAUAGUUCAUACUAACCAAUUUUUAAAAUGGUUGAUCGCGAGCAGCUGGUGCAGAAAGCCAGGCUGGCUGAACAGGCUGAAAGAUAUGAUGAUAUGGCAGCUGCCAUGAAAUCGGUAACAGAGCUGAAUGAGGCCCUGUCUAACGAAGAGAGGAACCUCCUGUCUGUGGCGUAUAAGAAUGUGGUGGGGGCUCGUCGUUCCUCUUGGAGGGUGAUCUCUAGUAUUGAGCAAAAGACGUCUGCAGAUGGCAAUGAGAAAAAGAUUGAGAUGGUUCGGGCAUACAGGGAGAAGAUUGAGAAGGAACUGGAGGCUGUGUGUCAGGACGUGCUAAACCUGCUGGAUAACUAUCUAAUCAAGAACUGCAAUGAGACACAGCAUGAAAGCAAAGUGUUUUACCUGAAGAUGAAAGGCGACUACUACCGCUACCUGGCUGAGGUGGCGACAGGCGAGAAAAAGGCCACUGUCGUCGAGUCAUCGGAGAAGGCUUACAACGAGGCCCAUGAAAUCAGCAAAGAACACAUGCAGCCCACCCAUCCCAUCCGCCUCGGCCUGGCCCUCAACUACUCUGUGUUUUACUACGAGAUCCAGAAUGCCCCCGAACAGGCCUGUCACUUGGCCAAGACCGCCUUCGAUGAUGCAAUCGCCGAGCUGGACACCCUGAACGAGGACUCCUACAAAGACUCAACACUCAUCAUGCAGCUGCUACGGGACAACUUAACUCUGUGGACAAGUGACCAGCAGGACGACGAGGGAGGGGAGGGCAACAACUGAUGGUUGACAAACACACAAAUAGUAUUAUGAAGGCUCGGUGGGCUUCGGCAACCGCUUUGCUAAUGAUCCUACCACAGCAGCAGUUCUUUAUUUUUCCAUGUGUUAAAAGAAAAUAAUCAAAAGAGAGGCAAGAGGGGAGGUUACAUUUUAGUUUAAUAUAUACACAUAUAUAUAUAUAUAAACAGUUGGAAGGGCCUCCGUCUUGAUUUUCCUUUUGGCGUUUGCCAAAAACACUGAAAUGUCAGUCAGCCUGAAGUGGUCAUUGUUGAAUUGGUUUGGCAGCCUCACACUGGCCUUGGGACUGGUGUCGUUUUAGUGAGGGAAGCUGCUUAGUUAGGUGUAUGCAUGAGAGAAAUGCAUUUGAGACACUUGGGGGGUGGGAGGGGGUGAGAGUGCCUCACAAAAAUAGUUUGCAAUGGUUCCAGCAGCUUAAGCUAUAUCACACACUCAAAGUGUAUGCUGAAAUCCCAAGAACAUAAUAAUAGUCUGACAUUACCGAUGAGAAAAAGUAUAGUGCAGAUUUCUUUCCAAAAUUACAGAAGGUUAUUGUUAAGUUUAUGCCAGUCAUGACAGUGAAAAUACUGUUAUGAAUUUCCUCUGUUACAUGAGUUUUAGGUAUAUUUGGCAUUAAAUCAUUUUUGACUGAUCCCUUACUAUAAAUAGGUGACUGGAACCAUAUAUUCUAUUGGUGGCUAAGCUAUCUAUAGGAAGAGACUUAACACUUGACAAUAGAUACUUCAUCUAAAAUCAGCUUUGGAGUUUGUGGUUUACUUCUGUUUGUUCUAUUAAAUGCACUUGCCUACUAUAAUGUUUUGUCAGUGUAAGAUGAUUACUACAAUAAUUGAUUAUUCAAUAUUGUGCAUGCUGGUGAUGUAUUUAUAUUACAGUAGCUUGAAUUUAUUAACGCAUACUGUGGGUGUUAAGUAUUCAUAUGAUUGAGAAAACGUAGGCUUUGUCAAAUUAUUUCUAAUUUAUAACUUAUUCAUAUUUUGUUUAUAUUUGCUAUACCAAAAUGGUGAUUGUUGAAAUUGAACUGUUAUGAGCAUUGCUAUAUUUACAUGCAAUAUGUGUAUUUAAUUUGUUAAUUGAAGAAAAAAACUUGGAAAAACACACACCAGUGAUUGCUUAAUUCUAACAGUUAGUGUUCAAUCAUAAUAAUGGCAUUGUAAAACAAAUUCUUUGUUCUCAUGUUAUUAACCAAUUUGAACAAUGGUGAAGUUUUCAGAAUCUGUGUUUAUGUUAUGAAUUCACAACAUGGACCACAAUUUAUUUCUGACAAGUAUAUAUAUUUAUUUAUUUUUUUGAAUAUAUUUAGCUGGUCCUGAGUGAAAAAUAUCUUGAAUGUGAGUCAUUAUGUAGCAGUUGCACAAGAACAUAAAUAAUAGCUAUGAUAAUAAAAAAAAAAAAGGAUAUGACUACAUUAUAAAUGCACCAUUUCCAUCGUGGUCUAGUGUAUUGUUGUGUUGUCACUAGUAGGUAAAGUGAACCUUUUCUUUGAAAAUGGAAUAUUUUAAAGAGAAUGUUGUAAACUCUUGUGUGCCCCUAGUAUGAUAUUUGUGUGUGCCUGACUAAGAAUGUCUAUUUUCAAUGUCACUUUAAAUAGUUUAUUGGGAUGUAGAAGAGAAGCAUCCACCAUAACCAUGUAUGCAAUUAGAGAAUCAUAAGCACAGCAAAAAAAACACCUGCGCUUCUCCAUUUAAACUUGCAUGACACCAGUGCAUUGAGUGCACAUAUAUUUAUAUAUCUGCUCAUGUGAUAUAACAGAAAAACUAGAAAUUAGGAUUUUACAUUCAAGCAAAAAGAGUGAAAGUUGCUUGUCAUACACUGUUAACGUUACUUAGGCCUACCACCGAGGGCUGAAUGUCCCAACUAAAUGAUUCCCAGUUGGAUAUAAAGGCACAAAUCUAAAUGAUAUAGAUCGGACUUUAUGUCCCAAACAAAUGAUUCCCAGUUGGAUAUAAAGGCAUAAAUCUAAAUGAUAUAGUUCAGACUUUAAUCUACAUGCUCAGUGUCACUCUAUUUUGGGCACUAUUGACCAGAGCCUUGGAAUGCACGCUAUGGGUUCUUAAAAUCUCUGUACAUCUCACAUCUGAGCUAUUAGAUAUCAUUGUUAUAUCACUGCUAUACGCUAUACUGUUGAUUUUGAGAGAUUCUUUUUAAUGCCCUGAGAACCAUGCACAUUUUUUGUCUCAGAUAUUACAGUGUCCUAUUAAAAUAUGUAAUUGAUCUAGUGCCAUCCCUUGAGAGACAUUGUUAUACCUUAAUAUCACGUGUUUGAAUAAGUAGAGUGUCAAAAAAUAACUAAUCGAAUGACCAUCUGUGAGAAAAGAAUAACGGUAAAAAAUAGGGAUAUUCUUGUAUAAUGGUGAUGCUUACAAGAGUUAUAAUUUUGGUCAAAGACCUUCGUCAGGCAUAAAGAAAUGGUGAACAGAGUGUACAAAUAGGAUAACCUAGCUAAUCACAUAACACAAUCAAUCAUGACAUCAUAAUGGUAUUAUUGCAAUAAUAGGAUAAACAUAACAUGAAUUUGAAACAUUAAAGUUUAGCACAAUAUACCAAUGCCCAUCCAGUAAUAGCAGUCUAUAGUCAGUAAUUCAUGAAAGACAAAAAACUGUCAACCAACCAAGACCAAUCAUGAUAGUAUAAAAUUACAGUAAUAUACAAACAAGUAAGAACAUACAUCAUAGGAAUACAGAUACAAGAAAAAAUACAUCUUAUAAAUAGGCAUAAAAGCCAACCCCAACAAUUAAAAUACGAAAUAGACAGUAUUUUUUAUAAAGAAAAGACCAAAGCAUCGAAAAGAGGUAAUGUCUAGAACAGGAGAAACUGUAUUUUACUUGGUCAUCUGUAUUUCAAUGUAAGAACCCAGAAUUAAAGAUUGAGGCAACUUUGCAUCAAAACAAACUAGACUUUUAUAAAUGUUUUUUUGGGAGGGUCAUAUCAGAAGGGAUGUUUCAAUUAUUAACAGUUCCUUAAUUGUUUAAUUUAUAUUAAUGUUUAAUUUAAUUGAGUUGUGUCAUUUAUUUUUGUUUGAAACAGAUCCAUGUGUCUGUGAGCUCAGGUAGAACACCACUGUAUGUUACUCACCUACGAUGGAAGAACGGGAACGUUUAGCACCAGGGCUAUACAACAUAACCAAAUGUAGACUAAGCCACAGAAUCUUCCCAAGAAAUGUAUUAACAUUAUUAGCUGAAAGGGAGGAUAAAGUGGGGUAAGUGGAUCAUGUAUGUUUGAAGGAAAUGUAGUUGCCAUCUGUUGCCCAUUAAAGUUAUUGUUUAUUAGUGUAUAGGAAUUUAUUUUCAUUGUUGUCCUUCUUAACUACAAGCUCAUGCCCUAUACUUAAUCAUAUAAAUACAUUUCUGCAAUGUU